AUGAUCGAAAGAUUUCAAAUUUCUUAUGCAGGACUUGGAGGAUUCCGUUCCGCCUUCAACAUGAACGUUCUGCCACCGUUCCUGGCCGCACUGCAACAAAAUCCGUUGGCCUUACAGCAACAAUUGCUUGGAUUGACCGGUGGAUUGAGCGGUGUUUCACCGGGACCUGACGAAGAGGACGAGAUUGAGAACAGCACCACUACUGAACCGGAAGACUUGACGAUGAGGUACGGUCUUCCACCUUGUUUUGGGGCCCUUUGUAAUGGUUUCAUAGGGAAGGGUGUUUCGCAAAGAUGCACAUUGGAGGAUCAUCAUGGGGAAGGCGGCACGUCACUGGGCGGUCCGUCAUGGUCCUACGAGGAACAGUUCAAGCAGGUACGGUCUAUUUUGACUUAUAGGACAAUCAUUCAAUUGAAAUUUCUGUUAGAUGCCUAA